AUGUCGAGCCCUGUCGAGAGGCUUUCGAGCAACGAUGGUGGGCGAGCUGGAGACAGCAGCACCUCUCUCAGCUCUCUACCAUCGCGCUUAGCUCCGCCACCCACCAUGAAACCCUCAUCCUCUGCCGAGGUCCAGCUCGACCUCAGCUCAGCCUCUUCCGAACCACAUGCCGCUGCUGCUGGCCCAUCAUCCUCUAGCACAAUCCGACCAACGCCGCACGACACCUCUCGACCCAAAUCAAUCUUGCCUUCCAGCCUCCAGCCAGCCGCCGUCAGCCCUAAAGCUCGACCAAGGACCUCCAUGGCCGAGUCCAGUCAGCUCUGGAAGACCAGUGCGGCAAAACGAGCAGAGAAAAGCUGGGCGCUGCAAACCGAGCGAGCACUGUAUUCAGACGCCAAGUUCAAAAAGUACCUUUCCCUUGUCGAGAGGACGUUGGCUUCAUUCGAUAGCGUCAGCGAGUGGGCUGAUUUCAUCUCUUUCCUCGCAAGGCUGGGCAAAGCGAUACACGCAUAUCCAACCUACAAUGUCAUCCCUCGCAAGUUGAUCGUAGCCAAAAGGUUGGCACAAUGCUUAAAUCCCGCUUUGCCAUCCGGUGUUCAUCAGCGAGCACUGGAUGUGUAUCAUCAAAUUCUCAGCGUCAUUGGGCCAGAUGGCUUGCCGAGGGAUUUGCAGGUCUGGACCAGUGGACUGCUGCCUUUCUUUCAGUAUGCGUCGACAUCAGUCAAACCGGCACUGUUGGCCAUCUACGAAUCCUUCUAUCUGCCACUAGGACAUGAUUUGCGCCCACUGACGAAAGCGUUGCAGAUGGCGCUCUUGCCAGGCUUGGAGGAAGAGACUAGCGAAUACUACGAGAGAACGCUCAAGCUGCUAGAUGGUAUAUCCCAUGCUGUCACCCUGCCUUUCUUCCUCCAGAAUCUCUGGCUGACGCUCAUCACAACACCCUCGGUCAGGCUCGCGGCACUGAACUACUUGACACGCAGAAUGCCAGCAGUGCAAGACGAGAAGGACCCAACGACGCUCGUCGGUAAAGAUCUUGGCUUGAUCGUUCGCGGUCUUGCCCAUGCACUCGACGACAAUCUGCUGCUCGUAAGGCGCAACACCCUCGAGAUCCUCGUCACCCACCUUCAGAUCGACAAACCGCUCUUUUCGACCUUCAUCAAGCGGCCAGAUCGCAUCCUCCUCGUUCGUUCUGCGCUCAACGUCGUCCUUCGCAAAGACCUCUCGCUCAAUCGUCGCCUGUAUACUUGGCUUCUCGGUGCAGACGAGACUCCCGAGCGUCAGAUCGCUUUCCUCAACAACAACGCACUCGACCUCGUCCGCAGCGCGCUCAACCAAGGUUUCCACGAUGCCGACUUGGAUACAGCAGAUCGGCAGAAAUCUUAUCGAAUCUUCAUCUCGCUUCUUGACAAGUGGGAGAUUGGACAGUCGUUGACGAGAGUGUUGGCGCUCGAUGCUUUCCAAGCGAUCAGCACCAAGGUGGCUAAAGGCCAGGAGGAGGAUCUGAUGACGACGGCAAAGAUGCUGUUUGAGGUGGUUGAUCCCUCUUUGCUCUAUGGUCGCUUCCUUGAGGCCAUCACGGAGCAAUUCCAGGCAGAGAAGCAAGAGAGGGAGACAACAAAGGCAACAGAAGCGCAUUCACCACUAGCGCUGCUCUGCUUCAUCUUCAAAGCGUUUCAUAUUCACGAUGACGAGACGAAGCAGAUCCACGUUCCGCUGCUGUUUGCUGCUGUCUGUCAGCUCUUACAACAGCAAUUGCAAAGUGGCCAUGGGGACAAGGAUGAGUCGGCCGUUCUGAGGGUGCUGGACGCGCUGGAGCUGCUGAAGCUCCUCGUCACGGUGAUGCCUUCUCGCGUCUUUGUCCGCAUCGCUUCCAGCGCAGCCGACGGCAAGGAAAAGACGCACGACUUGCUCCAACGAGCACGAAAUUUCUACACCUCAAGCCAAACGGACAGCCAACAAGCAGCACGCAACUUUCUCAGCUUCCAAGAUAGCGCUUCUGCUACAGCGCUUGUUCAACUCCUCGCAGAUGUCUGUCUGCAAAGCGGUCGACAGGUCGGUAGUACCGCUACAGGAACCGAAACCUUUGUCCGCGCUCUGGACGUGUUCGCCGAUGUCAUGCGUGUCGCUGAUGGGUCUGAAGCGCCUCAAGAGAUUGCGCUCCUCCGUUCAACGCCCUCGCCUGAUCAAGCCGUCGAAACGGACAAGUUGUCGUGGGACGCAACAGCAUGGACUUGGCAGCUGCUUGCGCAUCUUGACCGCAUCUCAACCUUUGCAGAAGCGGAACGUAUCGUCGAAGUCCUUAUCUCAUGCUGCAUCUGUCGAGCACUUUCUCAACCUAUCCGACUCGAUCCUCCGCAUAUUCUCGAUCGUAUCGUCGCCUCCUUGCUGCGAUAUCUUGCACCUGCAAUGUCGCCUUACCACGUUCGAGCAGUCGAGCUGCUUUGGGCUAUACAUAAAGUCACGCAGAGGUCUCGACUGGAGACCGCUAUGACACAGCAGCUUAGUCGCGGUACCCACACCGCCCGCGCUGCAGGGCUGGUGGCGUUCGGUACCUUCUGGAGGCUGUCUGAGGACGUUUCGACCGACGAGCUAAGGACGCCGCUGUUGUUGGUCUUGGACAAGUUGCAGAGUCUCGACGCGCAAGAAAGACAGCAAGCCGAGGUAUGGCUGAGGGCCAAUCUGAGGUCCUACAUCAAGGUCGUAGACCCGCUGCUGCACACGCUGGUGCAAAACAAACCUGCGGAGGUGCAAUCGGCGACUGUGGAUAUAAACGGCAUCAUGGUUGGAAUCACGCAGAUCAACGAGCCUUUGAACGAUCAACUGGUGUUGUGUUCAUUGAGGACGCUGGCCGCUCUAGCAAGGUUUGGCGGGUCGAGCUUUGCCAAGUCUCUAGCGACGACCUCGCUCUCGGCAUCCCUCAGUGGCGCGACCAAGCAGCUCAUCCGAGCAGAAACCAUCCAGGCCUCCGCGACGUACCUUGAGGUUCUGCUAGUCCAGUGCAGUCUCUGGAUUGGAGCCUACCCUUCACCUCAGCUCAAAGCGGCGUGUGGAUCUGCGUCAACCGCGUUACGAGCUGCCGCAGUGGAAGCUACGCUCUGCUUAAUUCAGCGCAGUCCCUCGCCUCCCGAGCGCGCGGACGAGCUGGAGACACUUCUGAUUGAGAAUCUUCUGAUCGCUGUCCACCAAGGUUGCACCACAGUGCAGAGCAAGAUGCUGCACACCUUGCACACGGUGAUUGCAGCCAAGACGAGUGCGUCGAGCUGCCCUGAUCAGAUGCAGCGUCGUUUCUCGAGCACCUCGCAAUUGCCAGGUGUGCUUCAUCAACGGGGAGAUUCCACAGGCCGCAGUGAAGCGGACGGCAGCACCGUUUCGCCUCAGCUAACUGUCCAGACAAAUGCUUCCACUGGCAAAAGAUCGGCGCAGCAGAAGCAACCGCACCGUCUAUUGCUGCCUUUGCUCCAGCGUGGAUUGAGCACCCCUUCUAACAGGUUGAUCCUGCAGCACUGGUCGGACUUCAUUCUUAUGACCGCGCCGCUGUAUCGCAGUGCAGUGUACAACUUUCUGUUCCCGCUCAACCAAACUGUCUGCGACUUGCUCGGCAAGGCUAUGGUGGAGGUGGGAGGGAGCUAUGUUCCCGGAGCAAGCCGGCCUACAUUUGGUGCGGAACUGGUGAUUGAGUCGCACGAUACGGAAUGCUCGUUCCUCGAGUCGGAUCUGUUGUUGCUCAUCAACUUGGCGGAGCGGUCUUUGAUGCUUGCGACUGGCAGCGGUGCCAGCGAACAUGCUAAUGUGGCAGCUGGUAGGGGCGAGGCAUCAGCAGCAGCAGACAGUGCAGCUGCGGGACCACUGUCACCAACAAUCAAUGAAAAGUCAGGCCAGCAAGACAGCAGUGCUUCAGGAUUGCUCGGUUACGUGUCGAAUGUCUUUUCCUCUGACGGCGGAGCUGGGGCAGAGAAGACGGAGACGAGUAGCGAGAGGCGCAAUUGCAACCUUUUGCUGACUGUGCGGACGCUGCACGGCGUAUGGACGCUGUGUGGGAUGGAGCUGUCAGCGACAGACGCCAAGUCGCUGUCGCUCGACGCCAUCAAGUCCAAGGUGCAGCUUCGUUGCCGUCGUACCUUGGAGCGCAUCUAUCGCGCACAUCCAGCAGAGACGGUCGAGUCGCUGCUUGAUUGCUGGCAGUCUAGUGUCCGCGCCAGCCGCAAGACGCGUGACGAGCAUGCUGCACAAGCGGUGAUCGAGAUUCUUGAGAUCGUCACACCUUCUGCGCAGAUCCUUGUCACUUUCCUCUGUGACGUUCUCGGCGCACGCAUUGGGCGUUCUGACUCGGAGCGAGCCAAGAAGACGGCGCAUGCGCAGAACUCGAACAAGGCAACGAGCGUAUCGGAGGCGACCUUGUUCUCCUUCUUUGACGCGGUCUUGGCUGGUAUGGAAGCAGCCGAAGCAACGCAAGUCUGGCCGGUGGUCAUCGUAUUCGUCAAGGACUUUGUCGCCAACAGUCUCGCCCGCAAGGUGCAUGUGUACCCCAUGUUACGCAUCUUGACAGGCCUUGCUGAGAAGAUCUGCCUGACAGCUGCGAUCGAGGAUAGAAGGACGAAGCGAGAUUUGCAGGAUAACUUUGUCAAGUUGAUCGACUCGUGCAUCCUCAUCUCCGGAAGAUCAUUCGAUCAGUCGACAUGGAUCAGGAGGUCCGGGAGGGACAAUGGAGAGGAGCUGGACAAGGAAGCUGCUGAGUUUGCGGCCGAGCUGCUAUCAUUGGAAGACGAGAAGCUCAGUGUGAAUGUCGAUGGGAACUCAGCAAACGGAGUGAUCGACGCGAUCAAUCAUUUCCUGGCUACUCGUGGGUUGCCUGCAUUGCGGAAGAUGGAGAUGGAUACGGACCGGGUGCAAGCGAUUGUGGCGAAUGCGGUCUACUACAUAGUGGCGCCUGCCACUCGAACGAGAUCUGCUACGCUAGAGGUGGAGUCUAGCGUGUUGGCAAUGCUGUCAGAGUUGGUGCGUAUGCCAGGUUCAGUCAAAGCAUGGCGCAGCACGGUCGCUGAUCUCUUCAACGAUGCACGGUUCUUCAGCAUCCGCCUGGAUCAAGCAGAGCGGUUGAAGCCGAUCAUGCUCGCUCUGAUGAGCCAAGACAAGGAAAGACUGAUGGACCUCCUGGCUCGUGUCUCGGCCUCUGCUGCGGCUGCCAACAUCUUUGCCAAUCGCGAACUGGAAAUGCUCUCGCGUGCACUCAACCUUCGGCGACUCUCUUUCACGCUCUUCUCUAGCGAGCAGGACGGCUUCUUGACGCAGCUACCGCUGAUUCAAGAGAAGCUGGUGGAUCUGCUGAGGUCGCAGGUGAGCGAAGUGCUGCAUGCGGAAGUCUAUCUGUGUCUCAGGGUGGUGCUGGUCAGGUUCUCGGCGAGGAAUUUGACCAGUUUCUGGCCGGUGCUGAUGACCGAGUUGAUGCGACUGUACGAUACUGUUGCGGCCGAACCGGAUAGUAUGGUGGGCAGUGCUGAUGGGAGGGGGUUGCUGCUGUCGACACUAAAGUUGUUGGAUCUUUUGGUACUGCUGCAGCCAGAAGAUUUCCAGAUCAACGAGUGGCUGUUCAUCACCGAUACGAUUGAUGCAGUGUAUCCGUCGGACGAUUUCCAGCCGGAAACGCUACUGGAUGGGCUCUCGGCCACGUUGCAAAAGGAGAGCUCCAAGCACUCGCACCAGCACCAGCAGCAGCAGCAGCAGCAGCAGCAGCACGGACAGGCUUCCGAGCCAGGGAAGAUAGGCAAGCGCAGGCUGCAGCUUGGCAGAAUGCGCACGAUCGAAUCAGUGGGAGAGCUCGUGCCGUUCCUGAACAGCGUCUCGCAGAACGCAUUCGAGAGCAAUUACGGAGACCAAGAGGUGGAUCUGGAUGAUGUAGAUGCUUGUCUGUUGGCAGAUAUGUUUGACAGUGGUGACACGUCCGUGGCGGUGGUGGAAGAGAUGGCUUCCGGCGGCAUGAACGCUUGA